AUGCCGAAGUUCCACAAAAGCCACAAGGGAGGGCAUGCCAAGAAGCAUGGCAAGUUCGGCCCUCACAAACGCAGGGCGAAACACGUAGAUCCAUGUGCUAACAAUGAGUUGGAGGUGCCCCUGCGUGCAGUGGCAGAGGAGGCGGAGCCCCGGGAGGAGUCCGAGGAGCGGCAGCCUUCCCUCAAUACGCAGGGGAAAAAACCGAAUAAGUCCCAAUUCCGGGAGCUUGGCGGAGUUAAACUCAAACCUGGCAUGACAGUGGCGCAGGCACAUAAGAUGGCAAAAAAGGUUCAUCAGAAACAGCCGUUAAAGAAUAUACCUGACCGCUCCUUUGAGGAGGAAGAGGAGGGAGACGGGGAGGAGGAGGACAACCACGGUGACAGCGCUGAGGAUUACAGUGACACCGCCAAUGAACGUCCAACAGACUACCGUAAAGGGGGCUACCACCCCGUCGUGGUCGGUGAGGUGUAUCAUGAUCAGUAUCGGGUAGUCAGAAAGCUUGGUUGGGGAUAUUUUUCUACGGUUUGGCUUGCCUGGGACUACGUCACAAAGAGGUAUCAAGCUCUGAAGGUGCAGAAAUCCGCCAAACACUACACGGAAGCCGCAUACGACGAGAUUAAACUGUUGGGCGAAAUUAUGUCUGCUGAUCCGGAUAAAACCCGUUGUUGUGCUCGGCUAAAUGACUACUUUGAACACACCGGCCCGAAUGGCGUUCAUGUGUGUAUGGUGUUUGACGUUUACGGGGAGGAUCUGCUUUCUCUUAUUGGUAGGUAUGAAUACCGCGGUGUCCCGUUGCCCAUAGUCAAGUGUAUUUCUCGACAGCUCCUCGUGGGGCUGGAACACUUACACUCCUUGGAGAUUAUUCACACCGACUUGAAGCCGGAAAACGUGCUGCUUUCCACCCCAAAACAUGCAAUAAUAUCGUUCAUGAAACGUUAUCAUCCACCGCCGUUAACUCAGCGUCUGCGCCUGGUGGAGCGUGAUCCAAAGACGAUGACGAAAUCGCAACGUCGACGAUACUACAAAAAACUGAAGGCGAUUGAACAAAAUGGCGACGCGAAGGAAAACGUCCCUGAGAAGGACCAGCACAGUGCCGUCUCAAAGACGCCGGAGAGCUCCAAGGAGGAAAGUCCAGAAGGGGGGCGUGCAGAAGUGCUCUCCGCGAGUGAUACAGACUCCGACUGGGAGAUUGAACGCCUGCACCACGUCGUCCUGGCAGACUUUGGUAAUAGCUGUUGGACAUACAGGCAGUUCACGGAUGAGGUGCAAACUCGCCAGUACCGUUGUCCAGAGGUGAUUUUGGGGGAGCCGUAUUCAACUCCAAUAGAUUUGUGGUCCGCUGCCUGCCUUAUUUUUGAGCUGAUCACAGGUGAGUUUCUUUUUGACCCACGAACGGGAGAAAAUUAUUCACGGGACGAGGAUCAUUUAGCCCUAAUGACGGAGUUGCUGGGUGAGCUGCCCGAGAGCAUGCGUCUAGGAGAGGGCAAGUAUCGGUCUCAGUUUUACAACUCGCGUGGGGCACUGCGCAAUAUUAAAGACCUCAACUUUUGGUACCUGGAUGACGUCCUCUACAAGAAGCACAAGUUUACCCGAAAGAAGGCGGCGGAAAUUGCGGAGUUUCUCCUCCCAAUGCUCGAGUUUGAUCCGCAGAAGCGAGCAACUGCGACGGAAAUGCUCGCGAACUUUGAUCACUUUUUUGAAAUCAAGGAGGAUGACUAUGCACCGUUUUGUUUUGUCCCUUCUGACGCCGAGCGUGAACCUGAUGAGGGAAGCUCAAGCGACGAGGAAGAGUCGGAAACAUCCGGUGGCUUCAAUGAUGCGGAUGACGAGGAUGACGACACUUCCUUUGAGGAGGAGAAGCAUGAAGGUGGAAACAGCGACACGGACCUUGCCCGAUUCUGGGCUGAGCGCCCACUUCUUGCCAGGGAGUUCUUGGAGAAGCGCGGACUUACAUUGCUAGACGUCCAUUCCGUGCUUGCAGGGGAGAGGCUCGCGGAUGCGGCACUGCACGAGUCUGCGGUCGAGGUUAUUCGCCUUCUUUCAGAUGAGGCGAAUAAGAAUAGAGGUGAUGAGCGGCAGGAGGGCGUCGAGGAUGAUACAACAUCCUGCGCAGAGGAGUUCAAGGGCAGCAUCAGUGAAGCGGGGAGCCAUUGA